CCAACGACGCCAGUAGCACUAGCACACACCAGCUGAUCGCAGAAGCUAGCUAGCUAGCUCGUGAGCAAAUUAAGAAGAUAGCAAUGGCGAAGGUGGAUGUAAUGUCGUCGGAGAUGGUCGUCCCGGCCGACGAGACGCCGCGGGGCAGCAUCUGGCUCUCCAACCUAGACCUCGCCGGGCGGAGAGGGUACACGCCCACUGUCUACUUCUUCCACCCCAACGGCGACCCGAGCUUCUUCUCGGCCGAGUCCAUGAAGGACAGCCUCGCCAGGGCGCUGGUGGCGUUCUAUCCGCUAGCCGGCCGCCUCGGGCUGAGCCGCGCCGGCCGCGUCCAGGUGGACUGCACCGCCGAGGGCGUGGUGUUCGUGACGGCGAAGUCCGAGCACUACACGCUUGAGGAGUUGAUGAACGAGUUCGUGCCGUGCGGUGAGAUGCGCGACCUUCUGGUACCGCCCACGCCGGCGCCCAACCCGCCGUGCGCGCUGCUGUUCGUGCAGGUGACCCGCCUCCGGUGCGGUGGCGUGGUGCUGGGCCAGGCGAUGCACCACUCGAUCGUGGACGCCCGCGGCGCCGCGCUGUUUUUCGAGACGUGGGCGAGCAUCUCCCGCGGCGCCGGGAUGCCGCCCGUGCCGCCGUGCUUCGACCACACGCUGCUGGCGGCGCGCCCCGUCGGAGCGCGCGCGGUGCUGUACGACCACGUAGAGUACAAGCAGGAGCCGGAGCCGGUGGACCCGGUGUCGGCGGCGACGUACGCGAGCGCCAUGUUCAGGAUGAGCAAGGCCCAGGUGGGCGCGCUGAAGGCGCGGUGCGCCGGCACGUCGACGUUCCGCGCGGUGGUGGCGCUGGCGUGGCAGUGCGUGUGCCGCGCUCGGGCGCUGCCGGCGUCGGCGGAGACGCGGCUCUACUCGAUGGUGGACAUGCGCGCGCGUCUGGAACCGGCGCUCCCGGCGGGGUACUUCGGCAACGCGGUGAUCCGCACGUCGGUGACGGCGACGGUGGGUGAGGUGGUGUCGAGCCCGGUGGUGCACGCGGCGCGGCUGGUGCGCGCGGUGACGAGCCAGGGCAACGAGCACGCGAGGUCGCUGGUGGACUACCUGGAAGGGGUGGACACGAUGAACCUGCCGCGGUGCGGGAUCUCGCGCACGCACCUGCGCGCCAUCAGCUGGAUGGGGAUGUCGAUGUCGGACUCCGACUUCGGGUGGGGCGCGCCGGCGUUCAUGGGGCCGGCGCUCAUGUACUACAGCGGCUUCGUGUACGUGAUGAACGCGCCGGGGAAGGACGGCGCGCUGGCGCUGGUGCUGUCGCUGGAGCCGGAGAGCAUGCCGGAGUUCAGGAAGGUGUUCGCCGACGAGCUCGCACGCCUCCAGCUCUGAUCGAUCCUACACUCCGCCGUUGAUGAUCAAGAACGUCUCCUCCCCGCAAAGAGUUGCCAUGCAUGCAUGGGUAAACCCUGCACUGCAUGCACGUCCGUUCGCGUCGUGGUAAAUUAUUGGCUGGGGUCAACGUACUGCUACGUGUGAACAUCAACGUCCAGCACGGCAGCAUGCACCUGGUUAAUUACCAGGUGAAGUGUUGGCCGGUAAGCCGUGGAAAUAUGUGACUCGGGCAUAUAUGUUCGUGUAAAAGUGUAAUAUCAAAUCCGAGUGUCUCGUGUUAAAUUAGUGUUACAUCACAUCUAAGCUUCUCCUUUAUACGA